CACCCCGGCAUGUUCCCGCGCAUGCAUCAAUUCCCGCCAUGGGGGUUACAGUAAGGUCGCCGCCAUAGUAAAAGUGUCCGUCAUGUAGGGCCGCGAAUAUCGCCACGGGCAUCUACCCGCACGGAAGUAGCGAUUAUUAAAUAAACUCGUAUGUUACAGAGUUCCCGAUACUUUGGGAGCCCCUGUGCCCGGCAUCCUACCGGAUUGCCGCUCGUAUUUGCAAGCUAGUAACUUAUCUCCUUGCAUAUUUGAUCCAGUCUCUUAUUUGAAUGAUAUGAUAAGAGAUGGAUAUUCGCGUUAGGAAUAGUAGCUCAUCCGCCUAACCAUCAGGCCUUCUCCAAAUCAACGAACGGUACUCUUUAGAUAAUGGCAGACGUUGAUACUCUUACGAAUCUUCAGAAGACUUAUGCCGGUCCCCAUGAAUCACCAGCAUCACUCAAUACCCCUUUUAGGGAAGCACUCAGAUCAUAUGCCACAUCGCAGUCUCUUCAUUUCUUCGAAGAUAGUUUAGGAAACAAUUACAUCACUCAACGCAAACAGGAUACAGAUAUCGCGCCUAUUGCUAUUGCUUUCCCACUAGACGGUGGCCUUUCUGAAUCAUCCUUCAUAAGCGCCUUUCGCGUAUUCUCUCUUCUUUCUGAAGUGUCUCUUCCAUGCAACCUAGUUCUCGUGGGAUGGACGACUUUAAGGUCGCAACUCAUCGGCCAAGAGCUCUGGCAAGCAUCAGCCACGACACCUUCGUAUAGCGUGCCCUCGGAGUUGCAGGAAUUUCAGGGAAAGUCCAGCGCAAAAGAUGUAUCAUUCUCCGCUGUUUUUGGGGCGUCAGAGCAAAAGGAGAUAUCCCUGAGGAUUGAGGGGAGCACCAUUCUUGUUGAAAAAACGCGAAGGCUCACGACAGGCCAGGCAGAUAUUCGCCAGUCCCAUAAGAAGAUUAUUAGGGCGCCUUGGGUUUCUAUUACGGGGCCUGAAGCAGAAGCAGUGGCGAUUGCAGCCAUUAAGGAGUAUAGUGCCUACAUUGUGGCUUUGUUCGAUAAUUUUGAUUAGUGUACGGAAAAGCAACUGAAUAUUUGGUUUCAUUUUACGCUCUAUAGCUUACCGAAUAUGAAUGUAGUAUCACUUAGGAAGUUAGUAGUAAUAUAUUCACG